AAGAAUUAGAGAGAGUUCAAGAUAAAGCUCUUUAUAAAGCCCAAGAAUGCGAGAUAGCCCAAAUUUUUAAGUUCAAAACUUCUUACUUGCGAGGCGGAAAAGAAUGGUUAACUCCGGAUUUGGUGACUUGGUCUCCGAGUUCGCCACCUGAAAAAAAUCCCACUAAACCUCCUUUGAUUAACCCAGAAUUGGGUCAGGAAAAAGAAUUGCCGAGCAAGCCGAAAACUUCUAAGCAAGACCGAGAAAAGCAAAUCAGGGAUAAAUUAGCAGAAAUUAACGAAAAUAUUAAAAAACUUGACAAAAAAGAAGCAAAAAGUGCUCUUAACGACUUAGAGGUUGAAUUAAUAAAAUUAGAAAAAGAUAGCGAUGGUAUUAAUGAUUCUAAAAGGGCAAUUAAUGAUUUAAAUGACCGAAUUGAAGAAAUUCGCAAAAAAUUAGAAGAUAAAAGUGUCAAAAAAAUAACUAUCCAAGAUACAGAACAAAUGUUAGUAGAGUAUGAUGAUGGGGAAAGUCGAAUUUUUUCUGGCGAUUAUGUCAAAGAGGAUGAAAUAUUAUCCCAGUUUGAGGAAUAUUGUCAGCAGAGCGAACAAAAAUCAAUUUCUCGCCACGAACUGAGUCAAAUCGGAAAAACCAAGUCAGAGAAUAAAGAGCCAACUAAUUCAGAGGAAAAAAUUCAACAAUUACAAAAUCAAUUAAUUUCUCUAAAAAGCGAACUUAAUAGUAUCUCGGAUACUACUAAGAAAGACCAAUUGGAGAACAGAAUAUCCAAUUUGGAAGGUCAGGUAAAUAAUUCUCUUUCGCAGUCGGACAUUAAAGAAUUAGAGCGAAAAAUUAAAGAGAUUAGAAAGGAGUUGAAAGGAGACGAACCUGGAGAUGAUGAACCCCAACCAGGGCAGAAAGAAGGAAAAUUCACAUUUCAUGGUGAUUCUAAGGAAAAAAGUGGAUAUGUCAAAUUUGGAGAUGAAGAGAGUCCUUUUUUACUUUUUUAUAUUAGCAAUAAUCACCCGCAAAUUAAAGAGUUAUUAAGCAAAGGAAAAUUACAAGAGAAUAAGAAGUUUACUAUUCGCUAUGGAAAGGAGGAUGAAAUUUCUGAUAAAGGUUCUAUUCUUACUUUUAAUGAAAAUAAUCAAGAAUUAGAAAUUAUUGAAGUUAAAAAUCCUAGUCCUGAACCAACUCCUAACCCGCAGCCGGAUAACAAUAAAGGCUGA